ACUUUCUCUAAGUAAUUCAGUUUUAUUAAGUUUUUGAAAAGUUAAGUAAAGAUUAAUUGAGAGUUUUUAAAAACAAAAAAUGAGAGUUCUUCAGUUUUGUAUGCUGAUACUUAUUUUCUUUGUAUUUGUUCAAGGAAAGGAAGUAAAUGAUGAUUGUAAUUGCUCCUGUCCAACGACAGCUAAAAAUUCAACAUCAACAUCACAACAAACUUCAUCAUCGGGUACAAAAACCGAAGACACAAAAUCAAAGGACAAAUCAUCGGAAAAAGGAACUGAGAAAGGAAGCGCAUCCAAAGAGAAUAGGAAUACGACUGCGACUACUAAAGCUCCAAGAAAAUUUACUGGGAUUCCAUUGCGUUUAGUUCGUAGACGGUUUUGGUUUGGAUAAAAUCUCAACAUUUACAUAAAAUCAAAAUAGUGAUGAAUUGUAUUUGAAAUUAUAACUUUUAACAAACAUCCUUCCAAGUUUAUAAAAAAAUUAUUUUUUAAC